GACUCUUCAGCUAUUUAGAGCUAUUCUUUUGUGAAGUCAGGUCGUCAGUAUUCGUUAGAUCUCGGUCUGUUUGGCACUUUGAUUCGGUAGCCUGACGUCACGGUCGCCAUGUUUGUUCUUCAAUAUGGCAGGUCCUGGAGGGCAAAGGUCAAGUUUGCCCCCUGCUUAUCACCAUAAUGUCCGACACACUGUAGUGGACAGCGGGUACAACACUGCAGCACCGCAGGGCGUUCUUUGUGCAGGACAAAGCUGUCAUGACCGUGGGAGAACUGAAUUAUAAACAGCAAAGGCUGCAAAAGAGCUGUGUCCCUCCAAUCCGCAGUGUCACCCCCGUCUGUCAAAGCGUGUCAGCGGUUCUAUGGCUGCUAACGUCCCGGUACGGUCUGCCCUUUCCAGAGGCAUUGUCCACGGAACAUGCUCCGCCUUAAAUCGUGUCUCCCGCCGACGAAAAACUCCGCCUAAGUCCCCACCAAUUGUCAUUCCGGCAUUGAACACCGGUUUUAAUAGAUUGAUCUCCGUAGAAUCGCCAGACUUUGGUUGCCUUUGGGAAUUCUGAUGCUUUAAGAUGAAUUGGACAGGAAAUCUAUUAGGAGCCAAACCGUUACCGCUUGGAAACUGGGAACAUGCUAUAAGUUCAAUUUUCUCGGCCAAGUAGCCGCCUCGAUGACGUAUAGACCCACAAAGUGAUUGACACGUCGUUGCCCAUUCAGACCCAAUGGACCAAUCACGUCUUCUUAAUUUGUUCAUAUUGAUUAUACUCCAAACAAACUUCAAGUGGCCAUGUAAAUAGAUGAGAUACAACACGGGACCUGUGGAUAUCUCGGGCUGAAUUGCGAGGGUUUGUGAGGGGAGACGUAGCGAGGACCGUCGGUGGGAGGCGCCCGGGCGACCGCUCAGACCUGCCGGGGGAGUGUCGGUGUGCAGUCAUGGCCUCAGCCCAGCUCGCGUUCACCGUCUUCUUCUUCUAUCUGCUGUGUCCCACGAGCAUUAUCGGACUGUGGUGCCCCUUGCACUUAGUGAGUGCUUCCCGUCUCCCCUUCUCGCCACCCACUGACUGUAGGGCCGAAACCUUGAACCAAAUUUCCCACAGGGCGGUGGGCAGCCCGCUCGUAAUGGACCACCGGUCGAUCUGCAGGAAGACGCGGCGACUCAUCGGCAAGCAGGCGGAGAUCUGCCGUAAGGAGCCCGAGAUCGUACAAGAAGUCAUCAAGGGCGCCAAGCUAGGCACGGGCGAGUGCCAGUUCCAGUUUAAGGAGAGAAGAUGGAACUGUUCUACUGCUGAUAAAUUCUUCGGAAGGAUUCUUAUGCAAGACCGCGGAAGAGGGAACGAUUGGUGGCGAAAUUUGCAAGAUAUACGUGAGACGGCGUUCGUGUACGCCGUGACGUCAGCCGGCGUGACGUUCGCCGUGACGCAGUCCUGCAGCAUGGGCGAGCUGCUGCAGUGCGGCUGUGACUACCAGAUGAAGGGAGAGAGUCCGGACGGCAGCUGGGAGUGGGGAGGGUGCGGGGACGAUAUCGACUUCGGCUACACCAAGUCUCGCGAGUUUAUGGACGCCCAGACCAGGCACAGAUCCGACAUUAGAACACUGCUGACGCUACACAAUAACGAGGCGGGAAGACUGGCUGUCAAGAACUUCAUGCGGACGGAGUGCAAGUGCCACGGGCUGUCCGGAUCAUGCGCAGUAAAGACGUGUUGGAAAAAGAUGCCGAUAUUCCGGGAGGUCGGAGUCCGGCUAAAGGAGAGGUUUAACGGCGCGUUCCAAGUCAUGGGAUCCAACAACGGCAAACAUCUCAUACCAGUCGGGGACACCAUCAAAGCGCCCACCGCGGAGGACCUCGUGUAUACGAACGAGUCGCCCAAUUUUUGCAAAAGGAACAGGAAAACAGGGUCGCAAGGGACCAAGGGAAGGGCCUGUAACGCCACGUCCAUGGGAAUCGGCGGGUGUGACUUGUUGUGCUGUGGGAGAGGGUACAAGGAGAGGCAGGUCGUGGUGGAGGAAAACUGUAAGUGUCGCUUCCACUGGUGCUGUGUAGUCAAGUGCUCCAAAUGUACGGCCGUCAAAACGGUGCACGAGUGUUUAUGAGCCCUCCCGUUCUUCUUGGACCAAUGGAAUUCAGUAUAUUCUCAAGCUUCUGUCCACUACUGACUGACUACACGUGUAGCUGACCACGCUUGCCAAGACGGGACGGAGGACACUACAGUCUACAGGGACCUUCCACAAUGAUUCUGAGGCCCAGCCCUUCUUGGUUUUUAAAGCGAAGUGAGAUCGACCCUAAUGUUUAUGUGACUACGACAAAAACACCGUCUUUUCUCUCAAAAAAUAUUUCUUCAGUCAAAGAAUUUCGUGGUGAUUCGGCCUGAGUGUGAAAAGCAGAUUGGUUUGGUUGAUUAACUCCACGUUGAUUUUCCACAAAACCUGUCAUGAAGAAAAUACAAGCCUCUGCACACAGUGAUUGACUACAUUUUAUGAUAUAAAACUGUAGCAAAUUGUGUGUAGAUAUAGAAUGUUGACAAGCUACUAUCACAAUGAAUUACAACGUUUCUUGAUUCUUUUGAAAGUUCCCAAUAGCUCAAACGACUAGUUCACAAAAAGAAAUCCUUUGAGCAAAAGAGGUGUUUUUUUCUAACUGAGCAAGACCCUACACAUCAUGUCAGUUAUAAUGUCGAUAAGCACAUUAUGAUAACAUUCAACGAAACUACGUAAACGUGGUUUAUCAGCUAUAUACUACUAACGUCCAUUUGAAGUCGGUACUCUUCUGGGCAUGGUGUUGUUAAUAUCAUCUGCCAGUACAAAAAUAUACCAGCAAGGUUGCAUGACUUGAUGGAAAUUGUGAAUUUCCUUCAUCCACAUUCUGGUGAAGUUCAGCUAUCCUGCUACAAAUGUUUUAAACGCAGAGUUCUAAUCUCCAAAAGCUUUUAAGAUGUUUUAUCAUAGUAUAAUCUGAUGCCAUACUUCAGGCUAGCAGACUAGCCACUUUCAGCAACUGUCCUGAAAGUCGAGCCGACCAGCGCUUUCUGAGUGCACCAAAACCUCGUAAAAAUAGCUGUUUUUACAAGGUAAAAUUAAGAACAUCCAAACCUAUCAUUUUACCGGUAAGUACUUGUACUGUUCCUCCCUUAGUGUCCCGGAUGUCCCAGGUAGUAUACCGGAUGUUCGAGGGAUGUAGAAGGAGAUUUCAAAUAUACAUUUCUUCAUGAAUUCAUUGAUGUAAAAUUUGUGUGGUUCAGGCAUUUCCAUCUCUUAUAGUCCCUUUUGAUUCCCAACGUCACUUUGCAACAUUGUAGUUCCUUCCAACCUAUCUAAUUAUCAUAAUUUAUUCACGAGGACAGCUUCUGUCUCGCAUGUAUGAUAAAGACAAGUAAGAGAAAGAAGCAAGCUUCUGAGUUUUGUAAAUUGAUAUUUAUUUUUGUUAAUGCAGCUGUUAUUUCUCAUCGUUGUAAAAAUGCGCAGUAUAUUUUACUCGUUGCUUGAAAUGCAAUAGAUACUGUACUGGCCAACCGCCUAGAGAGAGAGUAGCUGUUGACAACGGAGGGAGGAGAAAAAUGUUUGUAAACCUUCAGCAUAUAUUAGCAUAAAUUAGGGUACGUCAGUCACCGAGAAGAAGAGAAGAUGUACAAAAAACGUAUCUAAUCAUUUCGUCGUUUUUGCUUUUCGUAUUUAACGAAAUGAGAUGUAAAUAAUGUGUCCGUGUCCAAGUUGCAAUGAAUCACCAAAAUGACUCGUUAUGAUCGUAUAUUUCAAAGAGAUUAUUUAUCAACUUGCAAGGUAAUAAAAUCUUUUA